AUGCCAGGCCCUCAGUAUCGUGAUCCAUGGGCUGCCAGAGAAGCUUGGAGGAAAUCACCCAUAUUUAGCAACCGAGCAAUGUUCAGGAGCAUGUUCCCAGGAUUAGGUACAGCGAUAGUAGCAUUCACCGCCUACGUGAUCUACGAUGAUUAUUUCGCUUCGAAACCCGCACAUGAACAUGGUGGACAUACCAUCUCGCAUUAG